CCUAGACUAGAAGGAAGCAGACGAAUCCGCAUGCCUUCAAGUGAACUGCCUAUUGUGUCCUGCUAGCUUCCACCAAAAGCAAGCACAAGAAAGAGUGAGUGAAAGUGUCAGGAAAUUCUGGACUCCAAGAGUGUCAAGCACUAGAUUCCUCUGCCUGUGAAUGUCAUUGCACCGGACAAACCACUGAUAUACUGUAUCACGUUUCCAACAGCAGUGCGUUUAAGUUUCGCACUGUAUAUCACGCUCCUAGUAUAGUAGGCGCAUGAUGCGCUGAUCAGAAUUUCAUUCUAGGAGUAGAAGUUUCGCUGCAUUCAGGACCUGGGGCCGUGCUACUAGAACCGCCAGACACUUGCUUAAUUCACAGAGCAGAAAAGUGUCCCUUCCCCUCGUCACGACUUCUAUGUUUCGUGACAGUUGAUCCUAGUAGUAGUUGUCAGACGACUUGUCUGACGUCGCUGGGUUACGAGCACCUGAUCGUGCAGCCUGGUGCAGAUCAAGUCAACCUCCUGAAUCUUCACUUAGAAUCCAUCCAGAGCUCCAUCCAGGUAUUUCUUGUAGAAUUUUCCAGAAAAUCCUGUAAGCUCCACGUACAGAAUCCAUCCAAAGCUCAUCCGAUUGGUUCCUACUCCGAGGAGUGUAAAAUUGCUUCCGUGAGAGCCGGCUUCUUACUUUGCACAAUCAUUGUGGAUGAGAGCAGCUCUGAGCGCAGCUCCGAGCGAGUGAUCGGGAGCAGCAAAGCAGCAGCAGCAUCUGCUGCUUCACCUCUUCCAAGCAGGUGAUCUGGAGCAGCAGAGCAGCAGCUGUUGCUUCACCUUGUCUUCAAGCAAGUGAUCAGGAGCAGCAGCAGCAGCAGAGCAGCAGCUGUUGCUUCACCUUGUCUUCAAGCUAGUGAUCAGGAGCAGCAGCAGCAGCAGCAGCAGCAGCAGCAGCAGCAGCAGCAGCAGCAGCAGCAGCAGCAGCAGCAGCAGCAGAGCAGCAGUUGUUGCUUCACCUUGUCUUCAAGCAAGUGAUCAGGAGCAGCAGCAGCAGCAUCAGCAGCAGCAGAGCAGCAGAGCAGCAGCUCCUGCUUCACCUUUUCUCCAAGCAACAGCAACGCAGCAGCAGCAGCAGCAGCAGCAGCAGCAGCAGCAGCAGCAGCAGCAGCAGCAGCAGCAGCAGCAGCAGCAGCAGCAGCAGCAGCAGCAGCAGCAGCAGCAGCAGCAGCAGCAGCAGCAGCAGCAGCAGCAGCAGCAGCAGCAGCAGCAGCAGCAGCAGCAGCAGCAGCAGCAGCAGCAGCAGCAGCAGCAGCAGCAGCAGCAGCAGCAGCAGCAGCAGCAGCAGCAGCAGCCGGGAUCUGAACUCCAGCAUGUGAUCUGAGAUCCUAACUUCACGCUUACCUUCUUUGAAGUUUGCUCCAGAUCCCACCUUCCCCAGUUGGACCUACUUCCAGGGUCCCAGAACAGCAACUGGCUAUCAGGCGGCAGCAGGCGACCUGCAUCAGAUGCAGCCUUCCCCUGGAGGCCGGGAUUGGGCUGUAGAUCGGCAUGGUGGAGGGACUGAAGUGGCUAUAGCAGGCGCUGAAGGGGCGGCAAGCGGGGCGGAAGUGACUAUAGCAGGAUCUGCAGUGGCUGACGCAGGAUCGGAAGCCUACUACCAGAUAAUUCCAG